ACAAUACGACGUUUGACAGUCGUGUAGGUACUGUGCGAGAAUGUGGCGAGAGUGUGGUGUCCUUGUGUUGGUGUGUGUAUUUGGUGCUGGGAGUCUAAGUGGGCGAGGUUUCUUCUGCCGAGACCCAGAAACAGGCAAACUUCACGGCGUAAACACAACGUGGCCCUCAACUUCAUUCUGCGGUAACUAUCACUGUAAACUCAAGAGGAAAAAUAUGACAGGAACAAAUUAUGCACCUCUAAGACUAAUAAAUAUUACACGUCUGGGUAUAGAAAACCAGAACGCUAGUGUAAUAGAAUUAAAAAAAAAUGUUCCCGAUGCAAAACAUAGCAGCAAAAAUGGCGUAAAGUUUAAUAAGAAAGCCCAUUCUAAUAUCAUAAACGGUAUACUUUCGCUGCAAGCAAAUAGAGAACUCAAAGUAGAAGAUUCUCGCGAUGACAAAAACGUCACUGAUAAAGACAGAUAUUUAUCAGAAAAGGAAAUUAGAAGUCUAACAGAAAUGCUACACACAGUUAAGAAAAGUGAUCUAGAUGCCAUAGUAGAAAUAUACAAUUUAGCACAAGAUAUUUAUAAGGAAAUCGAUAAAACAAGCACAGACCGAGUACCGGAACAAACAAAGAACGGCUUGAAAAAUAUCGAGGGAGAAAAGAAUCAGUUGGAGAGUUCUAUGAAGCCGACUAAACAUGUUUCAUAUUGGUAUGAACCAUUAGCCAAUAACAAAGUACGACCAGCGGAGCUGUUGCGCCCUGAAACGUCUAGAGUGGAAACAAUAAUACAUGACAUUUUCCCUGGAAUACCAGCCGUACCUGUAGCUGUAGAAGUAAUACCCGCCGUUGUAGAUGCACCACCAAAAACUGUACAAAAUCCUAUACAAACGACACCAACAUCAGUCCCCGUUUCACAUAACAAUGUUCGAACAAAUAUGGAAUCAUUUUUCGAAAAUGGAUCUCUAAGUCCGAAAGAUUUUGGUAAGCUGCCAUACUACUAUGCCAUGUCGCACUUCCAAAGAUCAUCUUCAUACAUACAUGAUCGGAAACAGCUGAAGCCAGUUAGUAAAAAGACACACCAUGUGCCCCAACCAACUCACAAAACUAUCACGUACAAGCCCGUGUUCUCUGGUGGGAAGUACCAGAAGGAGAUUAAGCCAUCAAUUUUACUGCCAUACCCAUUCUCAAACAUAAUUCAUUACAACUGGUCGGUGUCACAAAAUCCACGCAAGAACUUAUACCACAGAAGCCACAUCUACGAUACCGUAGAAAAGAAAGCAUUAAAUACUAAUCCAAACCCAGCCAAGCAAAUAGUAAAAAGUAAUGCUAUUCUUAUGAAUCCAGAUUUAGAGAAUUUCCAAGACCUACAAAUGAAGCCUUCGAUGUUGGAAAAGAAAAGUGUAGGCGGUACAAAGAAAGAUGAAGUUAAAAUGGCUGACUGGCAGUCAGAUCCGCUGCCGCAGCAAAUUUUGGAAGAAGUGAGAGCACAUGUUCAAGAAAAACAGAAGUUAUUUCUCAAUCCCCUUCCACUACGUAAGAAAGGUAAAUUAGAGAGAGUGGGAAAGGUGAUGAACUUGGAUGAAACAAAGAGGAACAAAAGAUGGGCGACGCAAAGUGAACCAGUCGAACAGAGCUUAGAACCAGAAUUAUAUGAAGUCUAUAUCGAAAGAACAACGUAAGUAGAAAUAAUUUAAUUAGUUGGUAAGUAAAUGUUGAAUGUGUAUGUCAUGUUGAAUGUGUGAAUAAUAAAAUUCUAACAAUGUUGCUGUUUUUAUUUUGUGAACUUAAUAUAGAA